AUGACUGUUGGUCUAAGUUACGCUGCGGUGCCAUUGUACAGAAUAUUUUGUCAGGCAUACAGUUAUGGAGGGACUACAGGCCAAGCAGAGGCUAGUGACACAGUUAGCAGCAUGAAAGCUGUGAAAGAAAGGCCUAUUAAAGUCCGCUUUAAUGCUGAUGUAGCUUCAUCCAUGCAGUGGAAUUUUAAACCACAACAAGGGGACAUUAUGGUGCUGCCUGGUGAGACGGCACUGGCCUUCUAUACGGCACGUAAUCCUACUAACAAGCCUGUGGUGGGCAUUAGUACAUACAAUGUGAUCCCUUUUGAAGCAGGACAGUACUUCAAUAAGAUACAGUGCUUCUGCUUCGAAGAACAGAUGCUCAAUCCUCAUGAACAGGUGGACAUGCCUGUUUUCUUCUACAUAGACCCAGAGUUCACGGAGGACCCCAAAAUGGAAUAUGUGGAUGAGAUAGUGCUCUCUUACACCUUCUUUGAAGCAAAGGAGGGAAUGAAGCUGCCUGUUCCAUCUUUUGUCAAA